UUGCGACACUUGAUUGAAAUCUGUUGAAAGUGGAAAUGGCGUAGCGAAGUGUAGAUUUGUUUUUACAUUUUGUAUUAUUAAUUAUUUUACAUGUUAGACGCAAAUCUUGUCAGAUUUAAGAAUUCUAUGUAGUGAUUUAAGCAUUCAUUUUAGUUUUAAGUGUUUUGCGUGUUCUCAUUUAAAAAUAAGCACGUAGCCUCAUUUCAACUCUUGCUUUGUUCCGUAUUCUACAAAUUGGAAUAAGAUUUGUAGUCGUGGUUUAUAUUUUAAUGAUUUAUAAUGAGUUUGUCUACAAGUUUUGAAAGUAACGAGAUGAAUAGCUUUAAGGAAUCGCGGAGUCGAUCCGUUCAAGGACUGGCGAGUGUUGUUUCUGUUUCUAGUCCUCUUAUGAAAAUACCACUUCCUCCUCGAUUAUGGAUAACAGACGUGGAAGAUGAGUCUUCGGAUGAAAACAGUACUGGUACUAGAGAUGAGGGUGUUGUUUUGGCUGAGAGGACCAGGGUGAGAUCGCGUUUUCGGCACAAGCAUCGUAGCACUUGUAAUGUGCCCAUUGGGAUUUUUUGGGAUAUUGAAAACUGUCAGGUUCCCCGGGGGUGCUCUGCAAUAGAUGUGGUAGCAGCAAUCAGAGCCAAAUUUCUUCCAGGGAGGAGGGAAGCUGAAUUUGUUGUUGUUUGUGAUGUUAGAAAAGAAGCUGCAAAUAGAUUACAAGAACUUAAUGAUUCUCAAGUGAACCUUAUUCAUGUUUGUGGCACACAAAAAAAUGCAGCAGAUGAGAAGUUGAGGCAAUGUAUGAGGAGAUUUGGAGAGCUGCACACAGCUCCAGCGGCAUUGUUACUUAUCUCAGGAGAUAUCAAUUUCGCUUCAGACUUGUCAGAUUUCCGUCAUAGGAAAAAUAUGGAAGUGAUAUUGGUGCAUAAACAGAAUACAUCUUCUGCAUUAAUUACGUGCGCUUCGUCUCAUUAUUGUUACAAUGAGCUUACCGCACAGUUGCCGAGAAACCCAAAGGUGAGUCAAACGGAGGAAGAAGAGCCGACCUGUGAGAUGGAGGUGUCCAAUCUCCCAGUGAACCAGCCGGCCGAGCGGGUGUCGCGGCGCCUGCGCCGGCUGGCCGACAACUGCGGGGGGAAAGUGCUGCGAGUCACCGCGGAUACUGCCGUGCUCAGGUUCCCUACGCCAGACCAUGCAUCCAGGGCGUUGAAGCGUAUGGAAGGCGAGGAUGUGUUCGGGGACUCCUAA